AUGGCCAAGUUUAUCGGGGACUGUAUUGAGAGAAAUGAGUAUCCAGACCAUUAUUGGAGAGCGCUGCGUCGUAGUCGCACAGUUAUUACCACAGAAACCCUGAAAAGAUAUGCCGAGAAUCAACUGGAGAGUACCCUCGUAAAAUUAGAGGAACUUGAGCGUCAUGUAUGUCAACGCACAGCCGUCCUAGAUAUCCUGGCAGAUGAGGAAAGACGAGAAUUCGACAUGUACACUCAGUCCAUUAAAAAGAAACGUGGUGAGGCAAAACGCUCUGCUCUUCUUAGGAGUUUACAUGAGAUGAAAGCCCAGUCACGGUUUCCGAAAGACCCAGCUCGGUACGUACACAACUACUCUCAUAUGACACUUGAUAAAACAACACUUGAAGCAUUAUCCCUUGGUCCGAAAUUUUGCACACCUCGUCGAAAAGUAAAUCAGUUAGAAUUGGAAACGCAGUUCGAGAACCUCUGGAACCAAACAUUCGAUCUAUUGCCCGUUUCCACAGACAGUAUCCAACACUUCAAAUCCACACUAGUGAAUUGCAGCUACCAAUACCUAAACAAAGGACCAAAAAGUCGAGGAUUACUGACAAAAGCACACGUGGAAAAAUUAAAAGAACUUCGAGGGAACAAAGAGAUCUUGGUAACUAGACCUGACAAGGGAACAGGCGUCGUCAUAAUGAACAGAUCGGACUACGUAGCGAAGAUAGAGUCCAUACUAUCUGACCAGAAGAAAUUCAGAAAGACAGAUAAAGAGAAGGAUUGCACNGCCCUUCCGCUCUUGCCGAGCCUGUAAUUUAAAACCUAACUUUUAUCGAUUUUUGUUUCACUCACUCUACCCCGCCCUAUGUAAUUGUAUUGGCCUGAUGAGAAUUUACCGAAAGGAACGUUCACUCGCCACUCUCUCUUCUUUUCAUUUAUACUAAAAUCCAACCACCCUUUUUGGAGUUUAAGUAUAAUCCCCGGGUAAAGAUGCGUAGAAGCCAAGUAGGUCGACUUAGGAGACACUGUCAUUUUAAUCUGGAUUAACUAGCGUUACGCCAAUGUUAUUGCUUUAUGCGGCUUAUGCAUUUAUAUCGCCAAACAUGACGUUAUAUGGUAUAUGACAAUAGGUUGCCUUAACCGAAUUUAUUAAUUUAACUGGAUUUUUUGUCAUAAACCUGACAAUAAAAAACAGAGUAUGACAUAAUUUGCUCUGCAGAAAUAACAAAAGACAUUUAAAUCUCACAGCAAAAACCGUGGCAUAUAAAAGUUAACUGUUCACAUGAAGAAAUUGUUUGUUCACCUUCAUUGCAAUAUUUCAAGUAUUAUCAGCUACAGAGUGUUGAAUUGUGGUAGUUACUGCUGGCACUCUAUGGACUGGCCACACGAAAUGUAUUGCUGCAGAAAGACGUUGAAGUCACUGUCACGCAUACCAAGCAUCUGCAAUAAAAAGUUGUUAAUGCGUUUAUAUGAGAUGUGCGAAACAACCUGCAUGCAUUGUUGAGCUUCAGAGAGGACAGUGGAAUCAUAUUUAGCGGAAUGUUAUCUACUUCCAGUAUGCACCAUCUACAGUUGCUUAGGUGCUAAACUGCGUAAUAUGACCAUGGACUAUCCAGCGCUGCGGCGCGAGAUUGUUGGACUUUUUAAUUGAAAUUCAUGUUGGUUUUCAAAGUGUGUAUGGAAUAAUAGGAUAAUUAAAAGAAAUGACGAGACUAACAUACUGCUUAUACUUUGAUAAUUAUACAUAUAUCGUCAUCCUACCUGUUUCGCUACAUGAACUUCGACGUUAGGGAUUAAAUCUAUGUACGCGUAUUGCCGGUAUCUGUCUGAACACUUCCCUUUUGGAAAUGUGCAAUCGAAAGUGAAGUGUCUCUCAUGGAUUAUAAUUAUGAAAUAGAAACGCCAGCAUUUAUCACCCAGUAUUAUCUCAAUAUGACGUUAAUAAUCUUGCCGAAUCAAGUGUGCUACCACAGCAUUAAGACUAAAGUCAUGCUAAAACGCGGGUAUUUUGUUGUAUCUAAAAAGCAGAAACAAGCACGUUAUUAUUUCUUCAUCAACAUUACCACUGUGAUAAUUUACAAAGACAUAAUUGACGAACACAGCAAGUCAAUGUUGUUUGUACGACAUACGGUGUUCAAUCGAUGGUCCUACUUUAAGUGCAGUGGUAGACUGCCAAAAUCGGUCCUGUGUUUAAGGCCUAAUGCUUUCGCCAAAAACAUCAUAUAAAUUUUAAAAUACUUAUGUAAAUCAUUGUUUUCUUCAGGAAAUCUAUCUGAAUUUUGUCUCGUUCAUUCAUUUAAUUGGCUGUCCCAAUAAUAUAAUUUGCGAAGCAAAAAAAAUUGCUACGAAAAAUUUCAUUCUAUUAUGAUCUUAAUAAGCAGAUCAUGAAGCCAACGAUAUGAGUCGUUGGGCUGAUCUUUUAUUACCAGUAGAUUUGAAUGGAAAAUGGAAAAGACGCAUUUAUGCAAAUGAAGUAACUUACUGACGUCUAGACCAGAAGCCCAACCGAUUAAGUCAUAAACUGUUCAAAGUAAAUUUUUAAACUAAUCAGACCUUCGCCCCCUUUAAUCUACUAAUGGUUAAAUGGUAUGGUCAAAUAGGAUGAGGCAAGAUAUGUUGUUUUUGGAUGCGUUUAAUUUUGUAUACCGUGCUAAAGAUUAACUGCAUUAAUCUAAAUAACGAAAAACGCGAUUCCCUCCUUUCUGUCACAGUUUGUCAACAUCGUCAUUCUACGCCAGCAUUAAUAAGGUUCAUCUUUGAAAAAGACAAUAAAUCACCUUUCCUUUCAGACAGGUACCAUUGGCUGGUCGCGUGUGCUCGAAAUUUUUCACGCAAGGAGGAAGGUCUAAUAAAGGAAUGUCAAUAUAUAAAUUUGAGUUACAAAUCACGAGAGACGUUAUAAGUAAACAAUAAAUUCUGCUGUGAAAUUGAAACUGAUGCGUUGAGACAAAAUAGAAAAUGUUAUCAUACGGACACUGCCGCGGCCAUAUUAUCAAAGAGCCAAGAGAUAAUUCAGAAACUUCUCUGAAGAUGAGUUUAAGCAUGAAUCCGGGGUGACGGGGUGUCAGCGGUGGGUUCACGUAAUGGUCGUGGUGGUCGCUCACAUGCUUGCAGGUGAGACUGCGCCUAGCGUCAACUUGCUGACACUCAACUCUCACCUGUGGCUCCACGUAGCUGGACUCUGCUCAGCGGCCACACCACGGGCAACCGUCUCGACCGGCGGGCUAAACCAGGUGAGUGGGCCCUGUGUGUCUGUGCCGUGUGCACAGGGUUUGCGGUUUCCGCUGGAUGGAAGGUCGGAUGGAACCUUGCGUCGGCACCGUCGCGACGUCGUUCGUCUCUGCACGCCGCUGGACAGCCAAUGACGGGAUGGAUCUCCAAAUCGACAUUGCCUGGACGCGCCCACCUACGCCGUCGGAGACCGCGGCUUACGGCGAAUUCGAGUCGCUCUCCACUACAACCCGAAGUCGUGGUCCCAUAGUGGAGUUCGGCCGUGCCACAACGGCACAUGGCAUCCCUAUUCAGAGAUGGCACUGCCAGCCCCCACGAGGGGAAGGGCCUCGAAAAGGUGGCCUAAACAUUGCUGGGUAUCACGCCGUCUCCAGGCUAGCCUGGGCCGCAGACGUCUAAUCAUGAUCGAAAUAAUCAAAAUCGAAACAACAACAAUACCAAUAACAACAACAACCAUGCUAAUUCUCCUCAUCCUACCUCUUCUUCCUCUUCCUCUGCCUAUUCUUCUCGUUCGUCACCUUCUUCUCCAUCUCCUUCCCGUCGCCCCACUCGCUGUCACCAGACAGGCAGGGUGAGCCCGCUCACUCUGGCAGCCUGGAAUGUUCGUUCCCGUUUAGACAAUCCGAGGAGCAACCGACCGGAACGGAGGACGGCGCUAGUGGCACGAGAACUGGCGCGCUACAAGGUGGGCAUCGCCGCACUCAGCGAGACUCGAUUCUCCGAACAAGGCCAACUGGAGGAGGUGGGUGCCGGCUACACCUUCUUCUGGAGCGGUCGACCCAGGGCAGAGCGACGGGACGCGGGCGUCGCCUUUGCCAUUCGGAACGACAUCGUGGGACGACUGCCCUGUUUGCCGCAGGGCAUCAACGAUCGCCUGAUGAGCCUCCGCCUGCCUCUCUGGGGAGGCAAAUUCGCCACCAUCAUCAGCACCUACGGUCCGACGAUGACCAACCCCGACGCCGUCAGAGACAAAUUCUACGUGGACAUGCACGCCCUCUUGGCGACUGUGUCGAAGGCGGACAAGCUGAUUGUCCUUGGUGACUUCAACGCCCGCGUCGGCACGGACCGUUCUGCCUGGAGAGGAGUGCUGGGUCCCCACGGUCUCCGCGGCUCAAACGACAAUGGUCUGCUGCUUCUCCGCACCUGCACAGAACACCGCCUCAUUCUGACGAUCACCUUCUUCUGUCUGCCGGAGCGAGAGAAGGCCACCUGGAGGCAUCCUCGGUCGCGCCGGUGGCACCUGCUGGACUAUGUCCUCGUCCGGAGGCCAGAUCAGCGGGACGUGCUGGUGACGAAGGCGAUCGCGGGUGCUGGCGGUUGGACCGACCAUCGCAUCGUCAUCUCGAAGAUGCGUAUUCGCUUACAGCCUCGCAGGAGACCACAAGGUAAGCGAUCACCAGGUAAGCUGAAUGCUGCCUUGUUGUCUUUGCCCACUCACCAUCUUCAUUUCAGCAAUGAGCUAGUUCAAAGGCUAGACAACCUUCCUAUCGCUGCCGACGCCGCCGACGCCGCCGCUGCCGAGAACGCCUCCGUAGAGAACCGCUGGUGUCAACUGCGAGACACGGUCCAGUCGACGGCGCUCGCCGUCCUCGAUCGCGCUCCCCGCCAACACCAGGACUGGUUCGACGACAACGACGCCGCCAUCAGAAAUCUGCUAGCUGAGAUGAACCGCCUACACAAAGUCUACGUAGAUCACCCUACUGAUGCCACCAAAGAUGCCUUCUAA